AUGUUGUUUUGGGACAUUGAUGAGGGGGAACCAUCUUACAUUGCCCAAAGUUAUCCGCGACACGAAUACGGGACUUACCAUUCGUAUACGGAAAACCAACACAAGUUAGAGUAUGAGGAAGGUGCUAAGGAGUUUGAGGAAAAUGAUAACGAAGUCGAAGAAGGUGCUAACGACUUUGAGGAAAAUGAUAACGAAGUCGAGGAAUGUGCUAAGGACUUUGAGGAAAAUGAUAACGAAAUCGAGGAAGGUGUAAUGCACUUUGAGGAGGGUGUUCACGACGACGAAGGUGCUAACGAGGAAGGUGUUGACGACGAGGAACGUGCUAACGCGGAAGGUGCUAACGAGGAAGAUGCUAAUGACGAGAAAAAAACAAAAAAGGUAGGAGAAAUCUAG